AAUUUUAAAAGAUUGGAUAUAAAUAAAUGAGGCCGCAUCUCGAUACACGUCGAUAAUAAUAAGCGCAAGAGUUUUCAGAGGCAGAGCCGGUAGGGGCGGGCGAAAGGGGGAAUCCGCCACCGCCACCGCCACCACCGCCGCCGCCGUCGCCGUCGCCGCCGAGAGUGGUUCGUGGAGUCGAUUUGAAUGGCCGGCCAGUCGCGGAAGUGGCUGAUUCUGGUGGCGACGAUAUGGAUUCAGGCAUUCACCGGCACGAACUUCGAUUUCUCCGCCUACUCGUCGAGAUUGAAAUCGGUGUUAGGAAUUUCUCAGGUGCAGCUUAAUUACCUCGCCACCGCCUCCGAUCUCGGCAAGGUCUUCGGCUGGUCCUCCGGAUUGGCUCUCCUCCACCUCCCGCUGCCGCUGGUUCUGUUCAUCGCCGCUUUUAUGGGACUCAUCGGCUACGGCCUCCAGUGGCUCGUAAUCGCCGAUUUCAUAUCCUUGCCCUAUUUCCUGGUGUUCUUCCUCUGUUUGCUUGCCGGUUGCAGCAUCUGCUGGUUCAACACCGUCUGUUUCGUCCUCUGCAUCAGAAAUUUCUCUGCAAAUCGGCCAUUGGCGUUAUCUCUCACCGUGAGCUUCAAUGGCGUCAGUGCCGCUUUCUACACUCUCGCCGGAAACGCCAUUAAUCCGUCUUCGCCUCCUAUUUACCUCCUUCUCAACGCUCUCAUUCCGCUUCUCACUUCCAUCGCCGCCCUCUUCCCCAUCCUCCGCCAACCGCCGCUGCACUCGCUCUCUCUGUCCUCCGACGCCGUCCAGCGCGACUCUAUCAUUUUCCUCUUCUUGAAUUUCCUCGCCGUCAUCGUCGGAAUCUACCUUCUCCUCUUCGGCUCCAUGGCCUCCUCCGAUCCGAUGAUCGCGCGUAUUCUCUUCAUCGGAGCCAUCUGCCUUCUCGUGCUGCCGCUGUGUAUUCCAGGUGUUGUCUAUGCCAAGAACUGGUUCCGUCGAACCGUUAAUUCUAGCUUCAGGCUCGACGGAUCUGGCUUCAUUCUCGUCCACGAUGAAGAUCUCGAGUUUCACAAAGAGCUGAUCAGUCGUGAAGCGAACGGUAGCUUCGGCAAUGGCGGAUCUCUGCUUUUGUCCGAAUCUGCAUCGCUAAAUGACGGCGAGGUUGAAGCGAAAGGCUGUUUCCGGAAAUUGAUCGAGAAAGAUCAACUGGCGAUGCUCGGAGAAGAGCAUCCGUCGAGCCGAUUGGUGAAACGAGUUGAUUUUUGGCUGUAUUUCAUUGCUUACAUUUGCGGAGGCACGAUCGGACUCGUGUACAGUAACAAUAUAGGACAGAUUUCGCAAUCGCUAGGGCUGAGUUCAAGAACCAACGCCAUCGUAACACUCUACUCCGCCUUCUCCUUCUUCGGCCGAUUGCUCUCCGCCGUACCGGACUACAUUCGAGCGAAACUGUACUUCGCAAGAACAGGAUGGCUGUCGAUUGCGCUAAUUCCAACUCCAAUAGCAUUCUUCCUGUUAGCGGCGUCGUCCACCACGGUGACCGUGUACAUAGGCACGGCGCUGGUCGGUAUGAGCUCCGGCUUCAUAUUCGCCGCCGCAGUUUCCAUAACAGCGGAGCUCUUCGGGCCGAACAGCUUAGGCGUGAACCACAAUAUUCUGAUCACAAACAUUCCGAUCGGAUCGCUGCUGUACGGCAUGCUGGCGGCGGUUGUGUACGAUUCGCACGGAAGCUCCGGCCAUGGCGAGGCGGUUGUGUGCAUGGGAAGAAGGUGCUAUUUCUUCACCUUUUUGUUUUGUGGAUGCGUUUCUGUGGUGGGAUUGGUUUCGAGUGUGUUGUUGUUCUUCAGAACCAGACAUGCUUAUGACCACUUUGAACGUAAUAGGAUUUUCAGUAGCUCAAAUCGAUUGUAUUGAUUCAUCUGAUUAUCACUAUUAUUAUCAUUCAGUACAUGAAUUUUGGUAUUUUGAGUAUGA